ACCGGCAAAUAUUAUAUAUUUCAUAAACUGUGCAAUUGAUUAUAUAUUAUCCAAUUUAAUAUGUUUAAAACUACAUGUUUUGAUGUGUGGCGAAACGAAGAAGAAACACAGAAAAUUAUAACAUUAUGUAAAGACUUGGAUGCUCAAUUGGCGGGUGGUAUAAUUAUAGGGCUCAUAACAGAACUAUGUGGUUUGGGUGAUGCUAAAACUCAAAUGUGCAUGCAGCUAAGUAUAAACGUUCAAUUUCCUAAAGAAAUUGGUGGAAUCGGAGGCAAUGCGUUAUACAUAGACACGAACCAAAUGUUCGCACCACAACGCUUGAGAGAAAUAGCAAGGGCCAUGUCGGAACGAUUUUACUCAACUUUUAAAAAGGUAAAUCCAACAAUCAGUUGUAAAGGUCUUUUUGAUACUGAUACGCUGUUGGGAAAUGUAUCUUAUAUAUAUUGUGCUGAUUAUAUAGACUUAAUUGCUACAAUUAAAACUCUUAAAAAUAUAUUAACGCAAAAACCAAAUUUGAAACUUAUUGUUAUAGACUCAUUUUCAUUUCCUCUACGUUCUAUGGAAGAAGUUUCUGAACGAACUUGCGUGAUAUAUGAGUUACUAGACAUCUUACAAGCGUUAGGAAGGGAUUUUAAAGUUGCAAUUGUAAUCACAAAUGAUUUAACUACUUGCCUUGUUGAAACCGAAUGGAAAAUUAGUCCUGCAUUGGGUGAACUACAUUCACAUAAAAUUAAUCAACGUAUUUUAUUAGGUAAUGAUAAAAAUACAAAAUUUUAUGUUGCUUUGAUUGAAAAAUCUAUUGUAUCACCAAGAGUAGCAAUACCGUUUCAGAUUAAAAUUAGUGGAAUGCGUGGAAUAUCAUAAAAGUAACUUAUUUUAACAAUUACCAAUGAUUUAAUGUAAGUUUAAAAUUAGACAAAAUAUAUUUAUCUUAUAACACUUAAUGCUUAAAAAGAGGCUCUAAUCAUAAGAUGAUAAUAGACAAGUAGUAACAUUGUCAUAGGUAUUUAAAAAUACAACUAUUGCGAU